AUUCGGAGGAGGGCGCACGGCGCGGCGCGGACGUGAGCGCGGGCGCCGGCGACAUGUGGAUCAGCGCCGUCGAGAGCUCCAUACUCGCCUGGGAGGAGGUGUCAGAUCGCCUGCACGUGGACGUACGUCGCGGGCUAUCAUGGCGCGAGGCAAACGAUCGUAUGAACUUUGUCGGCCCCAACGAGUUCCAGGUGAAGGAGGAGGAUCCGCUCUGGAAGAAAUACAUCGAACAGUUCCAGAACCCGCUCAUCUUACUCCUACUAGGGUCGGCGGUGGUCAGCGUAUGCAUGCGUCAGUUUGAUGAUGCGACAUCCAUCACCGUUGCCAUCAUCAUCGUGGUGACAGUCGCCUUUGUGCAGGAGUAUCGAUCCGAGAAGUCGCUUGAGGAACUCAACAAGCUAGUGCCGCCGACAUGCAAUUGUCUUCGAGAGGGCAGUAUCGAGCAUUUUUUGGCUCGGAACCUAGUCCCUGGAGAUAUUGUACAUCUGAAUGUUGGAGAUCGUGUGCCGGCUGAUCUUCGACUCUUCGAAUCCACCGACCUGGCGAUAGACGAAUCUUCGUUUACGGGAGAAACUGAACCUGCGGUGAAAACAGUGCUGCCGAAUAAAGCGGCUGGUGGAAGAGUUAAUAAGGAUAAUAUUGCCUUCAUGGGGACUUUAGUACGAUGUGGUAACGCUAAGGGUAUAGUAGUCAGCACUGGGGAGCGCUCCGAGUUCGGGGACAUCUUCCGUAUGAUGCAAGCGGAGGAGGCACCGAAGACGCCGCUGCAGAAGUCGAUGGACACUCUUGGUGCUCAGCUCUCGCUGUACUCCUUCUGUAUCAUCGGCUUCAUCAUGGUGGCGGGCUGGCUGCAGGGCAAAGCGAUACAGGAUAUGUUCACUAUAGGAGUCAGUCUGGCUGUUGCUGCUAUACCUGAAGGUUUACCAAUCGUGGUGACUGUGACACUGGCGUUGGGUGUGAUGCGUAUGGCCAAACGGAACGCCAUUGUCAAGAAACUACCAACGGUUGAGACUUUGGGCUGCGUUAAUGUCAUCUGCAGCGAUAAAACUGGUACGCUAACGAAGAACGAGAUGACGGUGACGAUGGUGUCGACGUCGGGCGGGCACCUGGCGGAGGUGACGGGCGCGGGGUACAACGCGCGCGGCGAGCUGGCGCUGCGCGCGUACAAGGGACGUGACCUGGACGUCGCCAGGAUGGCGGUGCAGACCAUGCUGGAGGUUGGCGUGUUAUGUAACAACGCGGAGAUCCGCGACGAGACGUUGUACGGUCAGCCGACAGAAGGCGCGCUGCUCGCCGCCGCCAUGAAGAACGACACCCACCACGUCCGUGAUCAGUACAUCAGGCUGCAUGAAAUACCAUUCAGUUCCGAGACAAAGAUGAUGGUGGUGAAAUGUGGUCCCAAGUUCAAGGACAGCGGUGUGAAGGAGGAGGUGUUCGUGAAGGGUGCCAUAGAGAAGGUGUUACCGCUGUGCACGCACUACGUGGACAGCGCCGGAAACUACGCCCCCAUGACCAGAGACAAGCAGAACGACUUCCUCUCAGAAGCUUAUAAUAUCGGACGAACUGGUCUUCGUGUGAUAGCUUUGGGUCGCGGCGAGGGUAUGGAAUCCCUGACGUACACGGGCGUGUGUGUUAAAUAUACUUUUCCAGCACAAAUGAUUGGUUUGGACGUUCUACACUCACAGUCGCUGUCAGGUGACCAGCUCGAUACUAUGGCCGAUGACGACUUGGACAGGAUCAUUGAAACUGUGAGUGUGUUCUACCGCGUCACUCCGAAGCAUAAAUUAUCUAUAGUAAAGUCGCUGCAAAGACGCGGGAACAUCGUCGGCAUGACGGGCGAUGGUGUCAACGACGGUGUGGCAUUGAAGCGCGCUGACAUCGGUAUCGCGAUGGGCCGCAAUGGCACCGACGUGUGCAAGGAGUCUUCUGACGUAAUUUUUUAUUUGUAUAAUAUAAAUUUCAGUUCAGCGAUAGAAGAGGGCAAGUGCAUCUUCUACAACAUCCGCAACUUCGUGCGGUUCCAGCUGUCCACGUCCAUCGCCGCGCUGUCGCUGAUCGCGCUCGCCACCCUCAUGGGCAUCCCCAACCCCCUCAACGCCAUGCAGAUACUCUGGAUCAAUAUCAUCAUGGACGGUCAGAUAUACCUCUUUUUAUAUCUAUAUCUGUUCCCUGUGCUGCAGGAGCCAAUCUAUUUUCCCAUUUGUGAAGAGGAAUACAUAUUCAGUAUGUCGGACAACAAGAUAACUCCGCGAGAUACGACGAUGACGUUUACAUGCUUCGUGUUAUUCGACAUGUUCAACGCGCUCUCCUGCCGCUCGCAGACCAAGUCCAUAUUCCAAGUUGGAUUCUUCACAAAUAAAAUGUUCCUGGUGGCGGUGACGCUGAGCCUGGUGGGGCAGAUGCUGGUGGUCUACUUCCCGCCGCUGCAGCGCGUCUUCCAGACUGAGGCCCUCACUGGACACGAUCUGAUAUUCCUGGUAUGCCUGACGUCGAGCGUGUUCAUCCUGAGCGAGGUGAAGAAGCUGGUCGAGCGCACGAUCAAGAAGCGGUCCUAUGGAAAGUUCUCGACGAAGGCACACGACGCCAUGGACUUCGUAUGACACGAGACGCUGAAGGACCAGUAGGCGCGCAACACACCUGUCACGGUGACAGCUGUCAGCGACACGCGGGCACCUGUCACGGUGACAACUGUCAGCGACGCGCGGGCACCCGUCACUCUGACGCCUGUCAAGAUACUGGCCGUUUCGAUUCAGUGGUUUAUAAAGUGCGCGCGAAUGAGGUUGUAAUGCAACUUGACGGCUGUCAGUUUGACAGUUGUGAAACCGCGCGUACGCCGCCAUUUUCUAUUUACGAUGGCAAAAUGGAUAUUCCUAUUCGCUUUUAGGUGUUUUAUUUUGUCUUUGGUGGUUAGUUUUUAUUGUAUUUAUUGCCUCAUGUUCAUGACAAUCGUGUUUGGUGUUGCCAUUAAACUUGUCACGUUUUUAAUGUAUUUUUUAGCAUUUAAUAAAUCUUUUUUUGUCUAUUAUAGAGUUUGUUAGUGCUACUUAAAAUGUUUUAAAACCUAAUUUAUAAAAGUAACUCAUCUUAUUAAAUAGUAUAUUUUAAGUAAUGCUAACAAUCGCUUAAAGUAAGUGUAAUUUUGUGAAUUUAUUUUUUACGCUUAUGAAUGUGUAGGAAAUUAUUUUGUGAAUGUUUUUAUUUAAGUUAGAAUAAGUGAGACUUGAAUGAUGAUUAUUUUUCAUUUUCUUUGACGACUUUUUAUCUCUUUCUCGCAUGAAUCAUGAAAGAGUGGUGUGUUUUAGAAAAAUGUCGUUUUUUCGUAGUAAUUCAAAUAGAAAACAGUUGUUUAGCUUAAAUGUUAGAGUAGAAAUAUUUAUUUAAAUGUCUUUAGUAAUGAAUAUUAACCCUAUAGUAUCAAAUACUUAUUAUAAUGAGGUUAGGUUAUUCUACAGUGUUGCUAGUUGCAUAUCUCUAUGAUACUAAGUAUGGAAUUUGUGAUAGCUCAUAAAUAUAUCAAAAAAAAAGUUUUAAUCUAUGUAAUUUCACUAGUAUUGGUAAAGUUAGAAUUUUUAUAAACCUAAAUAUUGAUUUGAUGUAAAUUAUUACAAUAUCUAAAAUACCAGUCGAAUAAAUCGUUUUUGUUACUUUCUUAUUAUAUUAAUAAAAAUUAUACCAGUGGUGACAUGUUUUGACAUUUCACUAAAUAAAAUGUCUGAAAUAAUUCAUAAAUUCAAUGUAAUACUGGUAUUUGGUAAAUCAAUGUUUUUUAUAGUGGCAACACUAAUAAUUGACCAAUUGUAAAUAAAUGUAUACCAGUCGAAGAAUUUUUAGUAUUAUUCCUUAACUAUUUCGACUAUAAAUAAUAAAA